AUGACGCGCUCGGAAACGGGUACCCCUGCCACGGGUAGGCUCGGCCAGUCCAAAAAGUUGGAUCACGGUGCGGCCGACGCCACCGUACCACCCGCGGCUUCCGACCCGCAAAUCCCCGGGACGUCUCGCGAGUGCCUCACAACCGGCACCAGCGCCGAACAAGUUAAUGUUCCCCUCAGUUGCAGGUCUCGCGCUUCGGGCUCUACGCGAUCAUCGGCCACGAUUAGGGCACGACGAUUGACCGCGGAGGCCCACUUGGCCCGCAAGAGCAUAGAAAGGGAACAAGAGCUCUUUCAACGCGAACGGGAACUCCUUGAGCAGGUUAAACAGGUAGAACAGCUUGAACUUGAAGCGAAAAUAGCCGCCUUAGAAGCCGAGGAGCGUUCCAAUCACACGAAAAUACGGCGCGUCUACAUAACGCACUCCGCGGGCCCGCCCGGGAGGCCGUCGCCUCUUUACUCAACACCGCGGCAGCUUCCGAAGAUAUCAUGGCAGCACUCGAACGUUUUACCAGUGACACUGUCAGGGCCAAAUGGCAGCUAUGAAACCUUCGCGUUUCUCGAUGAUGGCAGUACUGCGACUAUGAUCGAUUGUAAAGUGGCUGCUCGCAUAGGUUUAAUAGGGCCUGAAGAGAUCAUAACUGUCAAUGGUAUCAUGGGUUUACAAACAACUACAAAGUUAGACCGCACUGAACCUUCUGAAAAUGAACGCCUGGAGUCACUGAUAAAGGAGCAAUACAAACUCGACUCGCUCGGUAUCUCUAAGCGCGAGACUCUAUUUAGCAAGCUAGACUCCCGUGCCGUCGAGAUUCUUGAUGCUACCACCACACGCUUACCGACCGAUUCGUAUCCAGCGGCAGCCAACGCAAGUAUCCAUAGUUCUUAUAUGGACGAUUUCCUGGAUAGCCUGGACGAUGUUGACGAAGCUGCACAGAUGGCAUCCGAUGUUGUGACUAUUCAUCGUAACGCAUGUUUCGAAAUGUGUGGCUGGAUUUCUAACGAUCAAGGAGCAUUGCGUCUUGUACCGACUGAACUGCGCGCCGCCCAGCCUAGUGAGAUGUCACUUGGUAGUGAGUCAAGUAGCGUCAGAGCCUUAGGUGUUUCAUGGGAUCCUAUAUCAGACACUAUCGGAUUUAGGACCGGUUUAGAAGGUCUCAUACUACAGGGCAGUUUUAAUAAACGCAAAGUGUUGUCCCACCUCAUGAAAGUAUACGACCCACUAGGUUUGUUGGGCCCAAUAGUGGUCAAAGGGCGUAUACUGCUUCAGGAGGCGUGGAGAUCCAAUAUUGACUGGGACACACCAUUUCCACCAUCACAGAUUUUAAAGUGGAACGAGUGGUUUAAGGAACUGUCUGACGUAUCUACAAUUAGGAUUCCACGAUGGUACGCCAAGCUCAAUGGAGAACCUCUACACAGGGAGCUACACAUUUUCGCGGACGCAAGCGAGCUUGCCUUUGCCACCGUCGCUUAUUGGCGCUUAUUGUAUGCAGAUGGUACAGUCAAGCUCGCACUCAUCACCAGUAAGACGAGAGUCUCACCUUUGAAGCCCACUUCAAUUCCUCGUCUAGAAUUGCAGGGCGCUUUGAUAGCUUCUCGCCUUGCUGUCACUAUUAAAGAGUUUCAUAAGAAAAAACCUUUACGAACUUUCUUGUGGACAGAUUCAAGAACUGUCCUCGGUUGGCUCAGAAGUGACGCACGAACGUACAAACCCUUUGUGGCCCAUCGCGUAGGAGAAAUUACAGAAAAUACGCGCGUGCAAGAUUGGAAAUGGGUCCCAACUGAUUUGAACGUUGCGGACGAUGCCACUAGGAUUAAGCCGCUUCAUCUUAAUCCAAACCACCGAUGGUUUACAGGUCCCUCGUUCCUCCUCGAUCCUCCGGAGAAUUGGCCUGUUGAACCAGCUGGUCAGCCUAUAGUCCAGGAAGAGCGGAAGCAGACGUCUGGACUUGUGGUUGGUCAUCUGACAAUUACCGCGGAUUUCAGUCGUUUUAGUGACUGGCUACGAUUACUUCGUGCUACUGCUCGCGUUUUGCAAGCUGCGUCUAAAUUUCGCUCGGUUUUAGAUCGCGUAGGUCGCGUUGCUCCUAGCACCGAUGUUAGGCUUCGUCAACGUACGAAUACACCUACGUCCACCACUCUAAUCCCCCUGACAGCGGAACUUAUGGAAGCCGCAGAAAGGCACGUCCUGAAGAAAGUACAGUCUGAAUCAUUUAGUGACGAAAUCCCAAUAAUAGAACGUGGAGAAUUGAUACCAAAGAGUAGUCGCCUGGCGAAGCUUUCUCCCAGAAUGGGGCCAGACAACUUGUUGCACCUAGCUGGCAGAAUCGUUGCCGUAGAAGACGUCGGUUCCGAGAUCAAGUUUCCAAUCAUUCUAGAUGGACGACACCCAGUAGUGCGCUUAUUGGUCAAUUUCUACCAUCGCAAGGCUGGACAUGCAAACAAUGAAAUGGUGGUCAAUGAGGUUCGACAAAAAUAUUGGCUUCUUCAUCUGCGCAGUACUGUUCGAAGCGUCACCAGCAAAUGUUUGUUCUGUCGCAUCAAAAGAGCAAAGCCAAUGAAUCCGAUGACCGGUAACCUUCCUCCUCAGCGGCUUGCCCACCACCGCCGCCCAUUCACGUACACUGGCUUGGAUUAUUUCGGCCCGUUAAAUACCAAGAUCGGUCGAAGACAAGAGAAACGUUAUGUGGCCCUGUACACCUGCAUGACAUCCAGAGCCGUUCACCUGGAGCUUGUACAUUCCCUUUCUGCUGACUCCGCAAUAAUGAGCCUGCGACGGUUUAUUGCUAGAAGAGGUGCUCCCAAUACUGUAUAUUCUGACAACGGUACAUGUUUUGUUGGUGCAGACCGAAUUCUACGCGAAUUUUAUCAGCACGAGGUCUACGAUUUUGCUGCCAAUAGAGGAAUAAAGUGGAGCUUUAUCCCUGCCGCUGCUCCUUUUUUCGGCGGAUGCUGGGAGAGACUGAUUCGCACCGUCAAAGUCGCGCUGAAUGCCACAUUACGAGAAAGAGAACCUAAUCCCGAAGUCCUAGUAACUCUCCUUCUAGAAGCUGAGGCAAUUGUAAAUUCUCGACCUCUGACCCAUGUCCCUAUUGGCCCUGAAGACCAGGAAACCCUAACGCCCUUCCACUUUCUAAUUGGCUCAUCUUCUAACCAGGUUCUGCCUGCAACCCUUGACGACCGAGACCUUUUAAGACGUGCUGACUGGAGGAAGGCGUUGAGAUUGGCCGACCACUUUUGGAACCGAUGGGUAAAAGAAAUUCUGCCAACCAUGCAACCUCGCCAGAUAGCGGAGAACAGAGAGCACGACUUGACUGUUGGCGACUUAGUCAUCAUUGUAGACCAGAACCUACCCCGAGGAACCUGGCCACGCGGCCGCGUCGUUGCUACAUUCCCUGGCAGAGACGGAGUGGUCAGGGUGGUGGACGUAGCCACAUCAGGUGGAAUUCUUCGUCGACCUUCUAAAAAAUUGCAGCCAAACCAAGAAGAGCUCCAGGAGAAGAACCAAGAAGAAGGAAGAGAUCCAGAGAAGCCCCAGGGACCGAGGCGGAGCCCUAGCGGAGCCUGCGCAGCCCGGGACGCCAGCCACAGCAGACAGAAGUCCUUCAGCGGAGUCGAGUCGCCGAAGAUCUACGGAGGCGCCUCUGGAGUCCAGAGGAGCCCUAGGACAUCAGCUGAGCCCUAG